AUGCUCAGGUUUUACGUGCUCCUGGUUCCCCUCUUUAGAGCCUAUGGUGCGCUCCUCUACGCUAACCUUGGAGAUAAUGUGACUUUGCAUUGCUCCUUUGCCACCACGGCCAAAUAUCUCUCCUGGUACAAGCAAGUCAUAGGAGAGUCACCUCGAGUCAUAUCCUCUUUCUACAAACAUUUCCUCGACUCCAACAUCCUCCACCCCGGGUUUAAAAACAAUCAACGCAUUUCAGUUGAUAGUGGAGAAGAUUUCUAUCGUCUGAACAUUUUUAAUGUUCAGGAUUCUGACUCGGCCAUGUACUACUGUGGACAGACCAGCAUCUCAGUCACUAAAUUUGACGACGGAACGUUUUUGGUCCUGAGAGAGUCCAGUCACAGGACUUUCCUAAAGCAGCCAGAAUCAAACUCUGUGCAACAAGGAGACUCGGUGACACUGAACUGCACGCUGCUCAAAGGAUCCAGUGCCGAAGAAGACGACGUUUACUGGUUCAAAAAGGAUACAGUAGAUUCUCACUUGGGAAUCAUGUACAUCCACACAAAUAGCAGCAGCCAGUGUGCGAAGAGGUCUGAGUUUAGCUGCUCUGCACAGAGAUGCGUUUACAGCUUCACAAAGAAGAACGUGAGCCGGUCUGAUGUCGGGACGUACUACUGUGCUGUGGCUUCAUGUGGCGAGGUGCUUGUUGGGAAAGGCACGAGACUGGAUGUCGUAGGUGAGGAGCAUAUGUUGAAACAGGACGAAGCUGUCCCUGUCUUGGUUAAGACUGUGGUUGCAGCUCUGGUUGUCUCAGUUAUUUUCAAUGUAAUCUUCUGUGGUACCCUCUGCAAAAUAGUCCAGAGAAAAAAGUGUCCCUCUAAAGGGUCACUUCAACAGCCUAAUACUCCAGAAUACACUGCGAACUAUGAGACUGAAGACUGUGCUGUUGUGCAGUAUGCAACUGUGAAUUUCAAGAAAAAGACUGAGACAAGUAGAAGACAAAGAAAGGACACAGUCAAUGACCCAAUCUACUCUGCAAUUAGAACGUCUCACGUGGAGUGAUUUUGUUCAGUCAAGUCAAAAUUAUGGCCACUGUCUCGCCUACAU